GAAGAAACAGGUUCUAUAUUGUUACACCAACUACACCCAAGAAUCAAUGAGUACAAUGACAUUAUGAUGUAUCUCUAUCAAUGUAACAUGGACAUUCAAUACCUUGCAUCAGGUGAAGUGUCCACAGUCACACUAUAUUACAUCACAGACUACAUGACAAAGGCAUCACUGAAAGUGCAUGCUGGCAUGACAGCAAUGCUGUACAAGUUCCGCAAUGACAAAGGGGCUCCCAGCACAGUGCAAUCAAAGAGUCUGGUUGUCAAGCUUGUGAACCAAAUUGGUGCUUCUCAAGAAACAUCCCAUCAACAACUCAUGAGCUUCUAUGUUGGAGGAGGGGACUGUUACAGAUUGCAUGAUUUUUCCUUGCUUCACUGG